CGCUGACGUGAGCUUGGCUUACCUGGGCGGGGAAGGUGAGGGCCGGUGUGGGACUGGGAGCGGAGCCUGCAGUCCCUACCUGCGCAGAGCCAGGUGUUGCUUGCCCAACCGGCCGAGGAGAGCAGUGGCGACGGGUGAUCCUAACUGGGACUUGGUUCGGAGGGACGUUCGCUUCUGGCAGCCGGAUUGAAGAAAGGGGGGGGCGCCAACGUCUGGAGCCUCGCUUGAGGGAGGGAGGACACGCCCGCCGGUGAAGAAGCGUCCCCUCCAGAGUUUGUGGGGAUCAUGGCUCUCCACCCCCGCAGAGUUCGGCUGAAGCCCUGGUUGGUGGCCCAAGUGGAUAGUGGCCUGUACCCUGGGCUCAUCUGGCUACAUAGGGACUCCAAACGCUUCCAGAUUCCCUGGAAACAUGCCACCCGGCAUAGCCCCCAACAGGAGGAGGAAAAUACCAUUUUCAAGGCCUGGGCUGUGGAGACAGGGAAGUACCAGGAAGGGGUGGAUGACCCCGACCCAGCUAAAUGGAAGGCCCAGCUCCGCUGUGCGCUCAACAAGAGCAGGGAAUUCAACCUGAUGUACGACGGCACCAAGGAGGUGCCCAUGAACCCAGUGAAGAUAUAUCAAGUGUGUGACAUCCCCCAGCCCCAGGGCUCUAUCAUUAACCCAGGAUCCACUGGAUCUGCUCCUUGGGAUGAGAAAGAUAAUGAUGUGGAUGAAGAAGAUGAGGAAGAUGAGCUGGACCAGUCACAGCACCACGUUCCCAUCCAGGACACCUUCCCCUUCCUGAACAUCAAUGGUUCUCCCAUAGCACCAGCCAGUGUGGGCAACUGCAGUGUGGGCAACUGCAGCCCCGAAGCAGUGUGGCCCAAAACGGAACCUCUGGAGAUGGAAGUACCCCAGGCACCUAUACAGCCUUUCUAUAGCUCUCCAGAGCUGUGGAUCAGCUCUCUCCCAAUGACUGACCUGGACAUCAAAUUUCAGUACCGUGGGAAGGAGUAUGCACAGACCAUGACGGUGAGCAACCCCCAGGGCUGCAGGCUCUUCUAUGGAGACUUGGGUCCCAUGCCUGACCAGGAGGAGCUCUUUGGUCCCGUCAGCCUGGAGCAGGUCAAGUUCCCAGGUCCGGAGCACAUCACCAAUGAGAAGCAGAAGCUGUUCACCAGCAAACUGCUAGACGUCAUGGACAGAGGACUGAUCCUGGAGGUCAGCGGUCAUGCCAUCUAUGCUAUCAGGCUGUGCCAGUGCAAGGUGUACUGGUCUGGGCCAUGUGCCCCAUCGCUUGUUGCCCCCAACCUGAUCGAGAGACAAAAGAAGGUCAAACUGUUUUGUCUGGAAACGUUCCUUAGUGAUCUCAUUGCCCACCAGAAAGGACAGAUAGAGAAACAGCCACCGUUUGAGAUCUACUUAUGCUUUGGGGAAGAAUGGCCAGAUGGGAAACCUCAGGAAAGGAAACUCAUCUUGGUUCAGAGUUUCUCCUGUUCUUGAAGCUGUAAGGAUUGAUUCUGAAGCAGACCUGUUGGAAAACACAAGGAACUUUUCUGUGCUAGCAUAUUUACUGCGAAGAGUAUCUUUUCAGAACUUUGCUUAGAACCUUAAUGAUUGUGUUCCCAUCUGUAGUUGGUUGAAUUGUGUCUCCCCCACCUGCCCCCCACAAAUUCAUAUGUCAAAGCCCUAACCCCCAGUACUUCAGAAAUGUGACCCUAUUUGGAGAUAGGUUCUUUGCAGAGGUAAUCAAGUUAAAAUAGGACAUUAGAAUGGGCCCUAACCUAAUAUGACUGACGUCCUUAUAAGAAGGGGAAAUUUGGACACAGACGUGGAUGGAUGGAAGACGUGUGAAGAGAUGGACAAGACAGCCAUCUCCAAAACAAGGAAAGCGGUCUAGAACAGAUCCUUCCCCCAGAGCCCUCAGAAGAACCAACCCUGCCUGACACCUUGAUUUUGGACUUCCAGCCUCUAGCACUAUGAGAAUGUAAAUGUCUGUUCUUUAAGUCACCCAGUUUGUGGUGCUGUGUUUUGAACACACCAUCCUUAUGUCUUUUCCUACUAUGUACAUUUAAGUCUCUGCUUAAAUGUUACCCUAGAAGAAAGACUUCCCCAGAUGACCCUGUGUAAAAUAGCAACUAUUUUCUCUUUAACCUGCUUUAUUUUUUUCUCUGUAGCCGUUAUUAAUACCUGACACACAUUUGUUCACAGAAACUCCAUAGUCCACGGUAGUGUUUCCUGAGAAUGUAAGCUUUGUUAGGGAAGAAACUGUGCCAGCUCUGUUCAUUACUGUAUCCCCAGUGAGUAUCUAGGGUGCCUGGCACUUGGUAGGGGCUCAAUAAAUAUGCAUUGAAUAAAUAAAGGCAUGAUUUUGAAGUGA